CCCGACCCACAAGAGAGAGGCCGCGCCGAUUUAAGGAGCUCUGUUUCGUUCGGACGCAGAACAUGCUCCGAUUCGGCUCGGUGGGCCUUCCAUCUCCCCGGACGCUGACGAGGAACCCAGCACCUCAAGCGACGUUCAGCAGUGAGGGGUAAACAGAAGCGAGAAAGAAAAUCCCGGCACGAGAAUCCCAUCCACGAUCAUCUAGAAAGCGGAAGUCCAAUGCUCCCAUAAAUGGAGAACCAUCCAGCCGCACGCACACGUACGCGCUGUAGCUCGCACCCACCUCGAACCGCCCAGUUUCGCGACGACGUGCGCCACUUUUCGUGCGCUGGACCCAAAAAAAAGCGUCGGUCGAGGUUGGAAAAGAGGAGGGGCUAACGCGGGUGGGCUGCUUGAAAGGACUGUUUUGUGCCCCUCACUUCGGCGCGCAUGUGGACUGCCAGCUUAAGUCGAUCGGGUACAGGUGUUUAUUGAGUGGCAGUAUAUAAAGCCGUCUUCCCAUGUCAGCUCCUCGCGUACACAAAUUUCCGCAGUUCUCAGCUUUUUUUGGUCCCCCGAGUUGUUUUGUAUAGCCCUAUAUCAUCCCAAAGUUCCAACUGACAAAGGACUCUCGAACGUUCGAAGCCAAUUUCAAGAUGCCUAUCCUGGUCACCGUGCUGUACCCGCAGGGUGAAUUCAACCUAGACUACUACCUUGCAACCCACAUGCCCCUCGUCGAGAACACAUGGAAGAACAAAGGCUUGCUCGACUGGAAGGUUGCCAAACUUGGCCCCCAAGCCGACGGCUCUGAGUCGCCCUAUCAAAUCGAGGCCAUCCUGACCUUCGAGUCUGCCGAGAAGUUCCAAGCCGCAGCUGCUGAGGACGGCGCUGCCAUCUUUGGCGACAUCCCCAACUUUACGCCGCUAAAGGCGACCAUUGUUGCUGGCGAGAGCAUCGCCAGCAUGAAGUGAGUUAGGCACCCAAGGCCAAUUGUCUCGUAUGUAAAGGUGUGAGCCCUCCGAAUUGGGGUGUUUGCCACGGUGCCGAAGUGGAUUUUCCCCAGCGCAAAGAAAAAUCGGUAGAGACCAACGUCUGCGUAUAGAACGAUCAACCCGCUGCCCGUCAACUGAACGCGCAAGCGACGAAUGCGAAUCAUGAAACAAGUCCAGUCUGAA